AGCAACAACCACAAAGACAGACGACAAAGCAAUAAUCGCCGGACUGGCCGUGGUGUUGGCAGUUGUCGUUGUUGUUAUUAUCGCUUUUGUCGUCUGGAUGUGGCGACGGGGAUGGAUGCUACCUUGUGCUAGAGAUGGUGUCAACGAAAGACGUCAACAUCAAAAUCAGAUGAAUGGUGACUCGUCAGAUCGACCCCUGUCUUCAGCGAUUUCAAAAGCCUGCACAUCAAGAGAAGUCGUAGCACAAGAAACUUCGCUGUAUGCCGGAUUAAAAAUGCAGGAUGUAGGCAAGAGAUCCCACUAUGAAGAGAUUCAGCGAUACCAGAAUGCACCGGCAAUGUCGCCGUACGAAGUUGUGAGUGACACAUCGGGCACAGAUAAAGAAGAACACAGCUACGUUAACUAAGAUGGAAUGAUUUAUGUAAAUUCUGCUUCUCAAGAAACAUAAUCGCUAAUGAAACACUGUUUGAUCUUCAAAAAGCAACUUUCUAUAAAUUUAGCAAAAACGUAUAUUUUCACCUUAUUUCCUUAUAAAUGUCAACAGAAAUAAAAAGAAGGGGGAAAAAAACUGAGUAAAACAAUGAUAAAGAGGAUAUAUGUGUAUUAUACUGUGACUACUGUUGCACUACUAUGAAUUAUAAGAAGUGUAGACUACUCGUUAGACUAGGAAAUACGUUUUAUACAAACAUAAAUGUAUAUCUUUAAUA